AUGACCACCGAUGCUGCUCAAGCUGGUGCCAAAGCCACUGCCGGUGAUGCUGUACCGCAGCUUACAACUAAUUUGAAGAAUGACCGUGCUUGUGCUUGUGCUGAGCAUGCUGCAAAACGUGCUGCAAAAGAACAGGCUGACCUUGACGAAGCAAACAUCAUCUUCAAUAUUUCUCGUCGCACCAAAACUGACCUACUAGAACAUCCCACGUGGGACUUGGAUUUUAACGCAGCUGAGAAGGAGGGUAAGGAAAAGCCCAAGAAAAAGAAGACCAAGAAAGAUACCGCAGGCAUUUUCAGGGGAAAAGGUGAAGAAGCCUGUGGAGAAGCCCAGUCAGCCUACGGAGAAUGCCCAGCCUGGGCAUGCUCUGGCCAAACAAAGCCUGGAUAUGUAGCUUCCAACUGCCCCGUCAUUGCCAGUCAACUUCUCAACGAUGACUCUGACCCCAACAAGCCUCUCAUCAAGACCACCAACAGGCCUGCCGUGGCAUCCGCACUCACCACCAAGAAAGUUGUAGUGAAGCCCAAGCGCACCAGGAAGAAGACUGCCAAUGUUGCUGCAAACCACGGUGAGACCACUGUUGCCAUCGCCACUGCUGCAGCUAAGAUAAUUGCUGCCAACACAGCUGGUACCAACCUUACCGCUGCUGCUGCCGCCACUGCCAUUGCGCUCACAGCCAAGACUGUGCCAAGUCGCAGUCAUGUAAAUGUGCAACCACUGCCCAAGCACAUUGACAACAACGGCGGCUCUGUGUUGUCAGAUGGAGGCAGCAAUUCAGACUUGACUGAGAGCUCAGCCAGCUCUGGGAGUAAAUACAAGACUGACUUGGAGUCCUCCAGUGUGACUUCUGGUGAAGAAGAGGAGGACAAGGACGAGGAGAAGUUAAACAUGACAGCCAACACCAUGGAGCCAAAAGCUAACGGAGCCAAUAGCACAAGCAACAUGAAAGCUGUUGAACUCGACACACUCAUUGAGAGUGAGGAGUCCAACAUUGCACUCUUCGUGUCAGAAGCAACCACAAAAAAGUAUAAGAAGCACGCAGCAAAGAAGCGCAAGGCAGCAGAUACGAGUGACUCAAAAGAAAUGCAGAAGAAGCGGAGGUGGCCUCACAAUGAAGCGGAGGUCACUCGUGAGUUCCGUAUGGCCAAUGCUAUGCAGGUUGGUGUCGGGGUAUCAGCCCCUACUACCGCAGUCUUGGUCAAAGCCCCAAUGGCGGCUGUAGGGCGUGCACCACUGCCAAUGCCCCCGCCAACAGAAGGAGCUGCGGUCCCACAAGGUGCUCUCACUGGACAUAGUGGUGGGACCAACAGAACCAAUGACUCCGUACCUACACCCACCAGCCCUCCGGCAUUGCUGCAGCCUGGAGCUGUAUAUCCAACUGCUGGAGCCCCUACUCAUCAGACUGUUGCAAACAUACUGGGCUGGAAAGGAAUGGUCCAUCCUGAGGCAAAGCUAAUCCUUAACGACCGUGGUAAGCUGGCCCUUAAUAAACAGCAGGCGCAUAUCAUUGCCUUUGGGAAAGGAUGUAUUUCUCGGUGCCAGGGUGAUAUGGCCUUUCACCAAGGCAAGUUUGUUCAUCCUCUUGCUACAAUAAAAUACCUACGCUUGUGUUUCAUAGGAAUUUACCUGGUAGAGUUGCACUUCAUUGCACAACAAGAUCUUGUCAUUACUGAGGCGCAAGACCAAAGCCUUGGACCUGUUGAGGACCGACUGCGCGACUGCAUUUACUUUGCACGGGAGAUUGUAGAGCUGUGCGAGCAACGCAAUGCACUAUUACGUGGAAAAUUGAAGACAGUUUCAAACCAAGGAGUGGCGAGCGAGUACGGCCUUGUCACAGAGGAACCCGAUACUGCGCAAAGGAUUAGACGACUUAGUACUGACUUGGCAUAUAUCUAUUCAGGGAACAUAAUGACGCAUGUUACUGACACAUUAUAA